AUUAUAUUUUGUGUUUGCUUUAUCACAUUUUACACGAAAGCAGAAUAUUCUGCUUAACAUCUUGUCUAUAAAAUUGUUUAUAUUGAAAUUAACAAUUACUAGCAGAUUGGGUAAAAUUAUGAUGUUUAAAGAAAUAAUUUGAAUUGCUAACUAAUUAUAAUAAAUGUUUUCAGACAUUGACGAGCUUGUAUUUUUCAGCAACAGAUCAUGUAGAUCUGCAAUGUUUACAAGCCUUUGUAGAUGACAAACUUCAGAUUAAACUGACAUGAUUUACCUGAUCCGGUGCCAUUACUGGUAAAAAUAUUGUAAACAUUUUUUUAAAUGUUAAAAUCUUAACAAUGUUGUCGUGCCGGAAGUAAUAUUAGAGUAUAAACGUGACCCAGCUACUAUAAAAUAUUGCAAACUGCAACCAAAAUCAACAAUUGACCUAGAAAUGUAUUCCCUUAACGUGCAUUUGCUUCUCUCCGUAUUCGUUUUAGUUAAUCUGUGCGAUGGUUGUGCUGGGAGGUUUUCAAUAUUUCUAAAGCAAAACUGGGAGUGUAAACCCCUCUCAAUAGGCGGCGAGACUACCAACCCUAGUGCCAUGGACCUGGAUAUGAGAAUCGAACGCGUUGGCCGUGGAGAAUUCUUUUUCUCAGGCACCUUUUUCUGGAACAUUGAUCUCGAUGAUAGCGUUCUGGUUGAAAUGCAGAUUCUAAGAAGUCAUUCCGGCAGCGAGGCUGAUUACAAGCUGACUCCUUGGUCCAUUCCACAGCAAACCUUUAUCGAGUACAUCGACACCUUUUACAAGGACCUGCUGAUGGCCAAUCUGGGCGAUUGUACCGACUUGCCAAGGUAUGACUCCGGAUAUGUACCGCCCUGGCCGAAGGGCACUUUCAAUUUCACCCGCUGCGGUAUCAAAGGCGAUGGAUUGCCGGAAGUGUUGGUGGAAGGCUUCUAUAAGGUACAAGCCAUCAUCACCGCCCUGCCAACUGUUCAGCAAAAUAUUACCGCGAUUAUUCAGGUCACAUUAAAAAUGUUCUGAAUUCUGGAAAAUUAAAUCGAAGAAUUCAGCCCUUGUCUAUGGCUCUUUCUUUUUGCUUUGGGACAUUCCCAAGGUGCGAACCGAAUUCCAGCUGCGACGAGAUCGUCAUAAAGUCCGCUUAAGUCAGGGACCAACAAAUGAGACUGGCCAGGCCAGGUAGAAAUCGCUUAGAGCCAGCUGACGUCGGCCUGGCAGGCAGGCAGGCAGUUGGAGUGUGAAAUUGGCAAGACAUGUUUGGAAACUGUUGUGGUAAAAAAGUGUUGCAGAGAAGUAGAGACACAGGGAGACAUUGUGGGGAACACCAGGGGAAAAUUACACAAAGUGUCGCCUGCACAGCUAAAAAUGCCCAUAAAUAGAAUACAAACAUGCCACUAAACUAUUGUUUUUUGUACGAAAAAUAAUUGAAAAUUAAACUUUUUGACAGUUUUUCUCAAAAAAUUGGUAUAAAUUAUGAUUUAUAUUUUGACUUGCUAAUAUUUUUUACUGUGCAAUUCCCCCCUCGUUUUUCCCCCCUUUGAAAAUACAUUUCGAGUUGCACUUCAAGUGAAAACUCUGCACAGUUGCCUCGGCUAAUUUAUUGCAAAUUGUUAAAAGCUACAACGACGAAGGCGACGCUGCUGCUGGCUGUCAACUGAUGACAGCCGCCUGCCGCCACCCCUUCGGCCCCUAUAUUUGUGACCGCUGCUGCUGCUGUGUUUUCCCCAUUUUUAGUAUGCUUCGGUUGCUGUCUGGGGGAAAACAGCAGUUUAGAGUGAACCAGAUUCGCAUGGAAAUCGCUGCAAACUAAACGGCAGUGCAAUGAAGUCACAGAUCUUUGAGGAGCUUUAUUUUAAAGCGUUAUCAUGUGGAAUUCAACAGCUUUAAAUGCGAGUAACACAAGUGUUUUUAUAGCUUUCAAUUUACGUUUUAAUAGCUGUUAAUAAAACCUCCCUUUGAAAAAAUCCCACAAAAGAAGGUUUAUUAUUAUUUUACUCAUUAAAUCACCAAUAGUUUAUUAUCUUUCGUCGAUUGAUAUAAUAUAUCACAAAAAAUUAAAUCUCUAAGCACAUGAUUGAGUUACGAUCGAAUGGAUUAACUGAAUGUAAAAAUGUUUAUUUUGCAUUACAAACGAGAUGGCGAUCAAACAAGGCUUUAAAAGCCAAUUAAUUUGCUGCAACGAAACUCGGCUCACCCUGAUUAGCAUAUGGCAACAGCAGCAGCAGCAAGCGAUUUGCAUUUAGCCACCAUCCAUCUAACUCACACGAUUCCCAGUCCCAUGCCGCCUUCCUCCUCCGGAAUCUCGCCGUGCCUGUCUCAUCAGUUUGGCUUGAACAUUUUGCGGCAUUGACAAUAUCAAAUUGUUAUCUGGCAUAAAAUAAUUACAACGUUUUAAUGCAGACAAAAUAGUUGUCGUCGGUCGAUGGUUGUUAGUGUUAGUGUUGGUGUUGCUGUUGCGCCAGACUGUCGCUCGAUGGCUGCAUUGAUAGCAUCGUUGUUGUUGUUGCUGUUGCUGCCAAAGUUUAGCUGCCAAUUUGAGUGCCAAUAAAAGCGCGUGUGCGACAGCAAAGAGAUUUCAUUUUCAGCAAGCAGUGAACAGUGAACAGUGAACAGCGAACAGCUAACAUCAGACAGCGAACAGCUAUAGUUAUAUGGUUGCCGUGGUCGGUGGUUGCCAGUGUUGCUGCUGCUGGUGCGCUAAUUAACCAAAAACGCAGCCAAUUAGUUGAGCUAACACGAAAAAGUUUCAGUUCCAUGAAAAUGGAAAGGGAAGAAAUGAUACACAGCGAAAAUUCUUUAAUAUCAGCUUAAAUGUAACCUUUGGCAAUGAGCAGAAAGAUUAUAUUUCCACGAAAAUUCUAGCAGUAAUGGCACCCAACAUGGGGCCUCGAGAUCUAAGUCAUCCCCCAAAUAAGGCAAACAUUUCUUUAGUUAAUAUACAUUUUUUUCUCUGUAUAUAAUUUGCAGAAAUAAGCUUAAUUGAUUAACUAGUUCAGCGAAUCAACAUGGGAAGCCAAUUAUUUAGAUAACCGGAUAGAUAAACCACUGAUAAUACGUCUUGUUAUAGCCAUAUGAUGAAAUUCGGUAUAAUUUAACGCAUACAAUAUCAAAAAUGUUCCCAAAUAUCCCCAAAAUAACCUGACCAAUUAUCUCACGUUUUUUAUACCCUACACUUUAUGAUCAUCACUUUUUAACGAGUUCACUGGAAACGAUUGAAGUCAAUUAAAUAAUAAAAGCCAAAUGGAACUAGUUAUAAAAUAUAGCUUCGGUUUUAUUCGACUUUUAAUGAUUUCAAUAUAAAUAAAGUUAUUUAAACUGGUAUCUUAAAGCAUUUUAUAAUUUCCGUGAUCCCAUUGAACAAAAUACAAAAUAUUGACAAAUUUUCAAUGCUAAAUUGUAGUUAAAUUUCAGGCGAACCAAGAUACAGCCAUUGAUUGAAAAUUUGCGAAAUGAACAGCAUUAAAAUGAGGCAGGCAAAGGUUAAAUUAUGUCUGCAUCCACAGAGAUGCGGCUGUAAUAAACAAACAAGAAGGGGGACUUCCAAGGGGGGGAUAGAAGAUAGUCAGUCAGAAUGCAAAGCUUGUUAAAAUUCAUGUAAUGCAUUAACAGAGAACAACCACCACAAAUUACACACACACACUCAGGCAGAGGAGGUCUGAGUCAAAAGGCCGACGGGCUGCAAUGAAAAGGCAAUUAAAGCGCAGCAGGCUGAGGGGAGAGCAGGGGCGGCAGAGGAGGGGCUGAGUUUCCACCAGGGAAGGGGAUAAUGCUGCUGCUGCUGCUGUUGCCGUUGCAGCAAUCAAUUGCAUGCUUCAAUGGACAAAUAUACGAGCAUAGACAAGUGGAGAGCCAACUCAGAUAGACAUGGCCGAUACGGACGCCAAAGCAAAUGCGUUCGCUCGACUACAGUGUAGCUUCGAUAGAACAGACAACUCAGCUCAACACGUAUAAUUAUAGGAUUAUUGCUUGUACUUUGCAGGCAACGUUUUGAAGAGAGAGAGAUAAGGUAAAUUCUAUAGAUUAAUACUCCACAAAUUGUCAUUCUUUUUUUUAAUGAUUUCAUUUCUUAUGAGUUAAGUCUAGGGACGUCCCACUGUAUCUGCGUUUGUGCAUCUGUGUAUUGGCAUCUGCGGCUGUGAGUUGUCCACGGCAGACACCCGUGGGACGGACGGCCAUGCGACUAGAUGGACUCAACUAGAUAAAAACCUUAGUUGGCUUGGCUUGGCUUGGUACCCGGCCAAAAAGGGGGAAAUAGGAACGGGGGCUCCAAGGUGGUGGCGGGAAACCAAGUUGGAUUGGGCUGGGUGUUCGAAGUUGGAAGCAGAGAGCUGGGAGCUCAAACCGUCUGCAUCUUCAUUCGCCUCCUUCGACGGCGGCAGUCAAGUGGAACGGCACAAAAACUUGUUAACUUUUUUCGCUACAAAAGGUCCGGAGAGUGCCAAGUUGAGUCAAUCAACCUGGCAACC